AUGGAUUCUUCGCUGCAUGAGGUCUGGCAAGCUGCUGCUGGCAGUCCCUUCUUCCCUACUGUGAGCAAAGGAAGCCAGUUCUGGGUCGCCUUUUUCUUGCUCCUCCUCGGAUUCUCUCUCACCGGCGUCUUUGCCCUGAACCGCACACUCGUCAACGUUCCCGUACUAGGCAUUCCAGCCUCCAUCGCCAUUGCUUUCGGAGUGGUCUAUAUGUUCUGUGCGGUCGGAGUCUACGUCUAA